UUCUAGUAACAAAAUGGAAGAGGAGAAGAAAAAGACCGAGAAAAAGUCUUUGAACAGUCUAAUUAUCCAUCCGGCCAUAGAACCUGGUGUUAUUGACAAUGCCAUGAUUACGCGCUGCAUUUUGGAAUACGGCCCUAAGGAAGAAGCUGGUCGUUUAUUCGCCGAAGAAGGUGUCCAUCUUGAUGAAGCUCCAAUCGUUCGGUUAGAAUUCCAGAAUAUUCUGCGCAUUGACCAUCUCUGGAUGCUUACAUCACUCACAAAACUCACUUUAGCACAUAAUCGUAUCGAAAAAAUAGAAAACUUGGAACAGCUAACUGGCCUAAACGAAUUAGACUUAUCCUUUAAUUUUAUAGAGAAGAUCGAAAACUUGGAUGAACUUGUUAACAUCGAGGUGUUGACGCUUUUCCAUAAUAGGAUAAAGAAAUUGGAGAAUUUGGAAAAGCUGGAGAAACUGCUUGUGUUUAGUAUUGGCGAUAAUUUGAUCGAGGACUACAAAGAGAUGGCAUACCUCCGCCAAUUCCGAUUCCUGCGCUCAGUGAGCUUCAAGGGUAACCCGUGUUGCGAUGACCCCAUGACUUAUGAGUUCCUCAGGUCGGCUUUGGUGCGAGUCACGUAUCUAGACUACACGAUUGUAACGGAGGACGAGAGAGAACAGGGUGCUGCACUUUUCAGAGGAUUACUUCGAAAACUCGACGAUCAAGACGAGAAGGCAGAAAAAGAGCGUGUUGCACGUGAAGAAUACAACGCCCGAGUAGAAUUCUACGCCAUGUCCUUUGUAGAGUACAUGGCUGGACCAGAACUACUGGAUUCCAUGUUUGAGAAGGAUCCCGAUGGAUCGCUCUUGCUCAAAGUUGGAGGCGAGUUGCUGGGAUUUUUCGAGGAGUACAAAGAGCAAUACGUGGAAACCAUGGCAGGUCUGGUGGAGUUCGCUCAGGAGGCUUACACCGACCGACAGAACGAAAUCGGCCUGUUUAGGGAGCUGGUUGAUAACGCAUUGGCUGACAGCGUUGCGAAGGCUAAAGAUGUCAUCGCAGAAUACCAAAAAAAGAAAGACGAUCUAACAGGACAGUUGCAGGACAUCAUAAAUAAGUAUAACGCUAAGGAGGCAACCAUCGACCAGCUGGAGCCAAGUGUCAUGGAUUUGAGUGACACCUUCAAUGAUGUGUUGUAUGAGCUUUGGAAGUCGCUUAUGACUAUUGAGAUGCAGCUGUAUGAACAGUGUGAGGAAUCACGGACACAAUUCUCCGUGAACAUGACAGAGAAGAUCACGAAACUGCUGGAAGUUUCUCGAAACGCCUUUGGCGCCUGGCGUGAGAUCGAGGGCGUGUGGUCCAUGAGGCAGUUCGAAACCCUCUCCAAGCUGUUAGGGAAUAAGGUGUUGCUGGGUGACGCUCCCCCGGAGCUGUUCGAGAUAAUGAUGGACAGGGACGCAAUGAUGAACCUCGUGGCUCAAUCAUCUGACAACCACAGUCGUUUUAUAGAUGAUCGUGAAGACCGCCUGAUGACUCGCGCCAAUGCGUGGCGGGACGACCUCGUUCAAGGGACCAACGACAAUGAAGUAAAACGCAACAGAGAUCGGAUCCUCGAAAUUAACUAUUACAUAGACAACCAAAGAGAGGAGUGGACCGAUAUGCAGAUGCAGCUUACUGAAAACAUGGACCCAGAGACGGCAGCCUUGUUGGGAGAUGAAUUUUAAACUACAUACGAGUGUUUAUACCUAAUAUAAUUUUACUUUAAUAUUAGACAUGCGUAUUUUAAUACAAUAAUACCGUACGUAACGUACCUAAAUAGGUAUACCUACUUAGGGCCGGUUGCAUUAAACCGUAUUUCACCGUUAAAGCGUUCGUUACAUGUUAUGGGAAGUUCCAUUGACGUCUGCUGCGUGACGAUGAUGUGUCUGUCAAAUGUGGUUGAUGCAACUGGCCCUUAGUAAAUUAAAUCUCUUGAGCAAUUUUUGUUGGACUCUUGAUGUAGACGAGUAAAAAGUAUAUCUUGUAUCUUUAAUUCCGUCCAUUUAAGUUUGCCGUUUACUUAUUUCGUAUUUAUUUUCUCUUUUCUGAGAUUUUCUCUUCGUAUUUUUUUUUAUGUUUUCUAAAAUUCUUUUAUAAUAAAUAAAUAAUAAAUAUUAUAGGACAUUCUUACACAGAUUGACUGAGGCCCACGGUAAGCUCAAGAAGGCUUAUGUUGUGGGUA